UUCCCCUUCUCCCCCACGAUUGUCCCCAUCCCAAACCUCCAUCUUCUGCAGUUUCUUGAAUCUCUAUCGACAUGUGGUGCGUUGCUUGCCAUCCAGAUGGGCUGGCGUACUCAUUAGCAUUAGCCAGAGAAUACACAUUCAAGGAUGACCUCUUCCAUGUCGACGGAAUACAACUACGCCUCCGCUGCCCUCCCCUCCCUCACUCGCUCAUUGUCUGAUGUCUCCUGCACCUCUCUCUCGUCGUCCGCCGCCAGCACAUCCUCCGUAUACAACUCUAUGACCGGCUCUGUCCUUCAAGUGAGCCACCGACCGCUCUUCCCUCUGCGGCUCGCCUCGUCGCCCAUCCAGUUGUCGUCAACCUCGCUACGGCUCAUCUCCUAUCUCCUAUCGUGUCUAUCGAUAAGCGCUCGCCGUCGGCGACCACACAGCUGCCGCCUGCGCACGCAAAAACGCUCCUCAUCGUUCGGCAAGAAAGUUCCCCUCCGCACCUAUCGCCAUGCCGUUGAACAUCCUUUGAUCAAUUUCCCUCCCCAUCGGAACUGCGGACACCCGCAAGGUCGCCACAGGUACCCUCUGGGCCCAUACAGUGCGGGCAGAACCACACCCCGUCCCUGCCGCGCAUUGACUUUCCGCGUCUCGAGCCACUCUGAGCCAGCUCCUCGCGAUCUUCUCUUAGCUCUUUGGGGACCUUUCCGACUACUUCUGGGGCUUACUCUGGUGCAGCGAAUCGGAUGCUCGUAGUAUGUAUUGCCGUCCCCACCCGCGGGUGUUAUUCAUGCGUAGUUACUCGCCCCGUGCGACAAAUAUACAUACCUGACUUUACGUUGGUCA